AUGGGUGCGCAUGCACACACCCUUGUAGUAGGAGAUUCCGGUGGUCCCUCCCAGCAGCACAGAUGGAAGGAUCCAGCUUCUUCCAAGUCACCUUCAUGUCUAGUUAAUUGGUACCUCGUCCGCGCUCCCUCCUACCUAAUACUGUCUUGUUGUCAAGAAAGAGACAGGAAGGAGACAAUAAAAAGUGGAGGCUUUCAGAUAACUCUAGCUUACCUAGUGGACAUUUUUGAAGCAUUGAAUGCUGUGAACCUUAAACUACAAGGGAAAAGCAUCGACAUCAUCACGCACCAUGACACCAUUCGAGCCUUCAUGGCCAAACUCAACCUCUGGAAAUGUCGGGUUCAGGAGGGAAAUGCAGCCAGUUUUAGGAACUUGGAUUCUGCUCUCGCUGACAGUAACCUCGUCUCUGAUUUAAAGCAACAAAUAAUCACUCAUCUAAGUGACUUGAAAGCAGAAUUCAUCAGAUACUUCCCAGAUAUAGAUGACAAGCGUGAAGCCUGGAAAUUCAUCAGGAACCCAUUUCAAUGUGAAGUAGCUGAUAUUGCUGAUGAAGUCCAAGAAGAGUUCCUAGAAUUGAAGUUCAACUCUACAGCUAAAGAAGACUUCAAAGAUAUGGAUUUGGAGACAAUCUGGGUCAAAUACCUUCCUGUUUACCCUCUGAUCUCACAUCAGGCUCUUCGGAUUCUAACAAUGUUUGGAUCCACAUAUCUAUGCGAAACUGCAUUUUCCACGCUCGUUGCUAUCAAAACCAAGUACAGAAACCGCCUGAACGUUGAAGGGGACUUACGUUGUGCACUCUCAAGCAUUCGACCACGUAUUCAAGAUCUGGUAGUUAAGAAGCAGUGUCAAAUAUCUUACUAA